AUAACCGGCUGGGGGCGCGCGCGGCCCUCUUCCGGCUCCCUGCGACCCCAGGAUGCGCUGAGCCCCACGGCACCGUCCGCCGCCGCCGGGUCCCGCCCGAGGUGUGAAUGACAGAGGUGGUGCCAUCCAGCGCCCUCAGCGAGGUCAGCCUGCGCCUCCUCUGCCACGAUGACAUAGACACUGUGAAGCAUCUGUGUGGUGACUGGUUCCCCAUCGAGUACCCAGACUCAUGGUAUCGUGACAUCACCUCCAACAAGAAGUUCUUUUCCCUUGCUGCAACCUACAGGGGUACCAUUGUAGGAAUGAUAGUAGCUGAAAUAAAAAGUAGGACCAAGAUACACAAGGAGGAUGGAGAUAUUCUAGCCUCCAACUUCUCUGUUGACACACAAGUUGCAUACAUUCUAAGUCUUGGAGUAGUGAAGGAAUUCAGAAAGCACGGCAUAGGUUCUCUUUUACUUGAGAGUUUAAAGGAUCACAUAUCCACCACUGCCCAGGACCACUGCAAAGCCAUCUACCUGCACGUCCUCACCACCAACAACACAGCAAUAAGCUUCUACGAAAACAGAGACUUCAAGCAGCACCACUAUCUCCCCUAUUACUAUUCCAUCCGUGGGGUCCUCAAAGAUGGCUUCACUUAUGUCCUCUACAUCAAUGGUGGCCACCCUCCCUGGACCAUCUUAUAUCCUUUUCUUCUCAGGGGAUUUACCGCCAGGCCCACAGCCUGCUCUGCAGCUUCCUGCCAUGGUCGAGCAUCUCCACCAAGGGCGGCAUUGAAUACAGCCGGACCAUGUGAUGCCAGCCGGGCAGCCUCCAACAGGUCCCACCCCUUGGCGCCCUGCGGAGCCCACCUUCCUGGCCAUUUGACCUCAACUGUGUUCUGCAGAGGAGCUGGCCCAUCACCUGCCCCAGCUGCAGGCCCGGUGCUACAUGGGCUCGGGAGCAGAGCGUCGUGGGGCAGGUAUGCCCGGUCUCCAACAGGCUCUUCCAGCCCUCCUUCCUGCUCUGGAAACCUCUGCCCUUGCCCUGGUCUGGCCCCCAUGUGAGUGCACCAGCCUCAUAGGCUGGCCACAGUGUUCAUUGUGGUCAGUUGCUUCUGCUGCCCUGGGAGUAUGGGGGCAGGAGAGGGCUUCCUUCCCUGCACGUCCUCACUGGCCUCUUCCCCCGCACUGCCCGUUCCUUCCAACUCCUUCCUCCAAAGCCGGAAUUAACUCCUGGGAGGGAGGAACCCAAGUGUUAUGGAUAGACUUGGCCCUAAAGACACAGGAGCCUCAAAACAAUGAAGAGGUGAAAUAAAGGGAAUGCCAAACCCUUGUAAAGAACCAGCCUCAGAAGCCUGGGGGGCAGGAGCAACCCCUACCUCCCCAGGAGGGGCUGGCGAGUGGUGGGAGGCUUUUCACCCAAGCACAGAGCUCUGGGGCUUGGCUCCCUGGCAUGGUGGUCAGUUAAUGGGAAGGUUUCCCACUCCUCUGUUGGCAGUCCUGCUGCCUCAGAGAGCGAGGAACUACCCAUCACAUGCUGGAUGUGCCAUUCAGUUGAACUGCCCCAGGGAGCCGGGCUGAGGACAGGUGCUGGUGAGGGUCCCAAGGGCCCUCCCCUCCAGCCCCCCAGUUCCGUGAGAUGCAGUUCUGAGGCCUGACCAUAUGCAAACACGAAGAAUUGAGUGUGGUGUUUGAUCAAGUAGGACCUGGUCUUUGAGGCUGGGGCAGUCGCUUGCCUUGUGGUCCUCAGCCUCUGGGAACAGAAGAGGCUGUGUCAGUGCCAGGAAGCAUGCAUGUGGACAUCACUUGCUUCUGGCGUUCCCUCCACCCCAUCCCCCAAAGCUGCUUGCUCCCUGCCCUGCCCUCCAGAGUAAAGGGGGUUGGCAGAGUCGUGCCCAGCAUUGCUGCAGUGUCCUGGAGCCAUCGCCACAGUGCACAGUCUGAGGGAGGAGAAGGUGGACCAACCAAGCAAGAGGGCCUCGGAUUGGCAUCCUUCCCUCCCUCGGAACUCCCAGCCCAGGGGCUCCUCUGGCCUUGCGGUGGGGGAAGGGGUUUCUCGAGAUGAAGGCGAGCCUGCGCAGGAAAACCACCUCUCCUUCCUCGGCCACUUCACACUCUCACUGACUGGUCCCCCCUCCGUGCUGACAUUGACUUUGAGCUGAGGCCCAGCUCAGUGUCCUCUCUAAUCUGAAUCAACGGUUAUCAUGUGGUUUUUAUUUCUGCCCCACGGGGUAAGGGAAGAGUCUUCCAGAAGGUUCUGCCUUGGACUUGGAUAAUUGAGCCGAGGCCUUGCCCUGCCCCUUCCUCCUUGCCCCUAAUCACGGCAGUAUCUAGCCCAGUGUUGAACAGAUUGUAGUGUUCUGAUUACAAACAAAUAAAUAGACUUUAAUUGGUCACA